AUGGCGUCCCCGCUCCAGAGUCGCGGUAGACCAUCUGCACAACCGUGGAAGCAGUGGCUCAUGGCAAGAUCUGCAAAGGAGGCACAGGAAACAUGUGAAGGGAGCACAGCAUUGCUGCUAGUUCGUACAGUAAAGAUCUGUUCAGGAAGGCACAAUUUGAUGGAGGAGCAGAACGUGAACAGCCUGGAGUAUUCCCAGCUGGAGAGGCUCAACUUUUCCAUCGGCUCCAAGCUGGCCUCUACAGUUCGUGCUCAGGGCAAUGAUCAGAAUGGAAAAAAUAUGGAAAGUGUUCGGAAGAAUAUAGACGUGGAAGAAGUUGAGCUGGAGAUGCAGGAACUGGCUCAGUGCGUUCUUGAGAGCUGCAGCUCUAUCAGCUGGAUGACCAGGCAGACAUUCCUCCACGUGGUAAAGAGCUACUACUACGUCGCUCACUGCUCACCUGAAACUGUUGAUAAUCACAUAUCCAAGGUUAUAUUUGGAGAUGUCGUUGCAGAAUAA